AUGUCGGAGAAGUCCUCCAGCAGCCCCGUUCCGAGCUCCUCACACUCGCCGACCGCGACGGAAACGUCCCAAACGCCAUUGCACUCCUCAUCUUCGCACACGGACUACGGCGGCCAAAGUUCCUGCCCGGUGUUCACACAAGAGGUCGACCCGCUUCUCAUCAAGACGUCGCUCGAAGACCGCAUCGCCUACCUGACGGACUUCCUCGGCUUCACCUCCCGCGACGCGGACCUCAUCAGCAAGAUUGCGCCGUCCGUGCACGAUGCCAUCCCGGCCAUGGUCGACGGGAUGUAUGCGAAACUCUUUGAGUUUGACAUCACGAAGAAGGUGUUCAUGACACGGAAUCAGGGCUUCGACGGGCCCCUCCCACAAACGCUGGAGGAGCUAAGUUUGGACAGCGCCCAGAUCGUCUUCCGGAAGGUGUUCAUGAAAGCGUGGGCGCGCCGCGUGCUCACGUCGGAUUACUCGAAUGGCAAGACAUGGGCGUACAUGGACAAGGUUGGCAUCAUGCACACUGGUGCUUCGCCAUUCAAGCAUCAACGCACGAUGGGGAUCGCCCCGCUGAACGUACCAUACCGCGAUAUCGCGUUGAUGCUGGGGUGGAUCCAAACGGUGCUUCACUCGGCUAUCCUCCAGAUUCCGGAGGACAAGUGUCCUGCGUCGGAGAAGAUCGAGGCGGUGGCUGCGAUCAAUAAGGUUCUCUGGAUCCAAAACGACCUCUUCUCGCGCCACUAUAUCGGUGAUUGA